AAUGUUAUGGAACAGUUCAAUCCAGGACUGAGGAAUUUAAUAAAUCUGGGGAAGAAUUAUGAAAAAGCUGUUAAUGUUAUGGUGGUGGCUGGAAGAGCAUAUUAUGAUAGCCUUGCAAAGAUUGGGGAUAUACCAGCUGACUCUCUAGUUUCUAAAGAAUUAGGCCAAGUUCUGGUAGAAAUUUCAAGAACACACAAGAAACUUAAUGACAGUCUAGAGGAGAGUUUCAAAAAAUUUCAUAAAGAAAUUAUAUCUGAACUGGAGAAGAAAACUGACCUGGAUGUAAAGUAUAUGACUGCAACUUUAAAGAGGUACCAAACUGAACACAGAAGCAAAUUGGAUUCUUUAGAGAAGUCUCAGGCUGAGCUGAAAAAAAUCAGAAGGAAAAGCCAAGGAGCACGAAACGUGACAAAAUAUGAGCAUAAAGAAAUGGAGUACUUGGACACUCUGAAGCUUCGACAGGAAGACAUUCAGCAGUUUAUAGCAGAAGGCUGUACAGAGGCUCUCCUUGAAGAGAAGAGAAGGUUCUGUUUCCUGGUUGACAAACACUGCAGCUUUACCCAGCACAUGCACUUCUACCAUGCCCAGUGUGCAGACUUCCUAAAAUCCAAGCUGCCUGGGUGGCAGGAGAUCUGUAGUGAUGCCACCAAAGUGCCUGAAAAAGUCAAAAUGAUGAUAGAAGAAAUAAGGACACCUGGGUCCACCCCUGGAUCAAGGACACCACAGCCCUCACCAAUGAUAGAGAGAAACACCAUGGUAGGUUCUGAUUUUUAUCCUCAGUAUGAAAAUGCAUCCCACAUGCCCCCAGCCCCCACGGGCAGGGCAUACACCAGCCCACUCGUCGAUAUGUUCAACAAUCCUGCAGCAGCUUCCAAGGCACCUUCUGAGAAACAAAAUCAUUCAGCAGAGCGUUCCGAUGACGCCAGUUUAUCGCGUUCGACUUCCGUUGCCACGGGGCUAAAUAUAAUGAAAAGGCAAAAAGUGAAGACAAUCUUCCCCCACACUGCUGGGAGCAACAAGACACUGCUCAGCUUUGACCAGGGGGACAUCAUCACACUGCUGGUAGCUGAGGAGAAGGACGGUUGGCUUUAUGGGGAGCACGACACAACCAGACUAAGAGGAUGGUUUCCAUCAUCAUACACAAGACCACUAGAAGGAUCAGCAGAAGAAAAAGCCUUUGCCCCAGUGCCAAGCCCUGCACCAAUCCGAAGUGUUAGUUCUGUAAAUCUGGUGGAGAAAGGUGAAGUUGUCCUCCCCCCACCAGACUACCUGGGGGCUGUGCAGGCAGACAGACGAGCUGAGCCUGCCAAAGGCACCGCGGCGAAAACACCGACGGACAGAGCGGAACACGCGGGGCCGAAACCUGACAUGAAUGGCAUUGUAAAACCACCUUUUCUAAGUGGAGAAAACCCUUUUGCAACAGUGAAACUCAAACCAACAGUAACAAAUGACAGAUCAGCUCCGAUUAUCCGAUGA